AUGGUGGCGUUGAUGGCGGAGGAGCCUGCCAAGGUUGGCACCUCAAUCUGUUCGGAGAUAGACCAGUGGAAGAUGGUGGAGACGACACCUGUGAGUGCGUCAGACCGGUUUAUGCCCCAGACCCGGUUUUUUGACGAUGCGCAUUUAACGAGGGCGAAGAAGGCGGCGUUGGCGGCCGGUGAUGCCCGGAGCACUGGGAAGGAAGGGGACAAGGCGCCGGCGAAGGGAGGCAGCGAUGCGCCGACGAACGGGGUGGUGGUAAGCGUGCCGGUCCACUGCGAUGGCUGCGCCAGGAAGGUGCGGCGGUCUCUGCUGCGCCUCGAUGGGGUUGAGGAGGUGAUCGUGGAUCACUCGACCAACACGGUGGUGGUAAGUGGCCAGAAGGCGCUGCAGAACCCGAUCAUGGUGGUCGAGGCGGUCAAGAGGAGGACCGGGAAGAAGGCGCUGCUGCUGAGCCCAUCGCCGGAGAAGCUUCCACCGCCGGUGAAAAGUGAGGAUACCAAGAAACACGACGGUGCAGGGGCGCCAGACAUGAAAAAGGAUGCAGCGGAGUUCGACAUGGAAAUGGUUGUAGUGCUUAAGAUCGAAUUGCACUGUGAAGAUUGCAGUGAGGAGAUGAAGAGGAGGAUACUCAAGAUAAAAGGAGUGGAGGAGGCCGUGCCGCACAUCAAAUCUUCACAGAUGAUGGUGAAAGGGACGGUCGAGCCAGCGACCCUAGUAGGAUUCAUCCACAAGUGCACGGGGAGGAAGGCUGCCAUCCUAAGAGCUGAGCCACUGCAUGAGGAUACGCCAGCAGCAGCCAUGGCUGAGGAUGCGCCUGCAGCGGAUGCCAAUCCCGAGAAGCAAGAACCAUCUGAUAAUCUGGAAAACAAAAAUGGAGGAGCAGAAGAAGAGACCAAACAAGAGGUGAAGACAGGAGAAGAAGGGGCUGAAACGGAGAAGCCAGGCAAAGGGGACGGAGACGGGGUUGAGAAGGAGACGGUUGUAGAGGAGACCCAAGGGAAGGAACACCUAUUCAAGCUGCCUGUGCCGGCUUCACUUGUUGCGGUGGCGCCGGAGGCGGAGAAGAUGACGGCCAUGAACGGCCUCUACCAGUACAACUACCACCCAGCAGCCUACCCUUAUGCGUACCCGCACUAUGCUUAUCAGCAGUACCACCAAUACCCAUAUGCGGCCAAUCCUGCAACGUAUUACGGGCCGUGUCCGCAGCAGUAUCCGCCACAGACUUUCGGCGAUCAGAGCCCAGAUGCAUGCACCAUCAUGUGA